ACCCUUCAAUAAUGGACCCCUCCUCGGGCAUUAACAACAACAACCUGAAACGCAAAGAAAUUUAGGCGCUCUGUCGUCAAUUGCACGAUUUGAUAUACCUGGAUGAGACGCAUGGGCGGAGGUUUCAGAGCUCCCAACACCGCCCACUCUGAGUACCCUGGAAAGCAAAGCAUGCACUCCCUGUUGUAGCUAACUGUCCGGUCGGUACCAUUAGCUAGCUAACCUUAUGUUUGCGAGCAGACAGGAUGGAAAGCAGCGAUGGAAUGGAAGUGGAUUGCUGGGACCCCAAUCUCGAGGAAGAGCUGGGCAUUUCUUUGGAUGAGCUAAAAAAGUGGAUUGAUGAUGCCGUGGAGAAUAGCGAGAUUGUGCAGAAGAAAAAGGCUCAGCUGACAGAGCUGAAAGAAUGGGUAGAGAAGAAAGAAGAAGAGGAGGCGACAGCCGACAUGCUUCUUACCAAUGCCAACAAAUCCUUAUUGGAGUGUGAGAAGCUUGUGAAGGAAACUUAUCAGAAGAACGGUCUUAUUUACCGAGAGAGCAGCUCAGAGGAUGAGGGGGGCGGAGGAGACAAGUUGUUCUCUGAGGUCAUCGAGAUAGACGAUGAUGACGACGACGAUGUCAUUGCUGUUGGCUGUUUGGUUCCUCCAAAGAUGCCUGUCACUCCUGGCAAAGAUCCAGUUUUAAAAGAAGUCUCUACAGCGCUACAGAAAACCUCCCAGCAGGUGCAGAAGUUGGUCCAAAUUGUCAACAAGCCUUCAGUAGGUGGUCCAUUGCUCCGAUCUCCAUCACAGCCUCCAUCCCAGCCAGCUACUCAGGCUUCAGUGCCAGCCGUGUUUGUAUCCCAGGUUCUAUCUCAGUCCAUGACCCAGCCCAACCCAAACAUAACAGAAGAUGAGCUCAGAGUUGGGAUGACUAUUCUGGGAAAGAAACGCACCAAGACAUGGCACAGAGGUGCCCUCGUUGCAAUUCACCCUGUUGGAAAUGGCAUAUUCAAGUAUAAAGUGAAGUUUGAUAAAGGAAAGAGUUUGCUGUCUGGAAAUCAUGUGGCUUUCGAGUAUAACCCCACCCUGGAGAUUCUGUAUGUCGGGGCUCGUGUAGUCGCCAAGUACAAGGAUGGCAACCUUGUGUGGCUCUAUGCUGGAAUAGUAGCAGAGAUGCCCAACAACAAAAAUCGUAUGAGGUUUUUGAUAUUCUUUGAUGAUGGCUAUGCAUCAUAUGUUACACUACCGGAGCUCCACCCAGUUUGCCGACCAUUAAAGCGUACCUGGGAGGACAUAGAGGAUGCAUCGUGUCGAGACUUCAUUGAGGAGUACAUCACUGCAUAUCCCAGCAGGCCUAUGGUGCUCCUAAAGGUUGGACAGAUCAUCAAGACAGAAUGGGAGGGAACUUGGUGGAGGAGCAAAGUGGAGGAGGUGGAUGGAAGCUUGGUCAAGAUCCUCUUUUUGGAUGACAAGAGGAGUGAGUGGAUUUAUAGAGGCUCUACCAGGUUGGAGCCAAUGUUCAACCUGAAGAUGACCACCGCCAACACCCAGGAGAAGAAGCUGGCUGGCCAGCAGCGGACAAGACCUAACAUGGGGGCAUUGAGGAGUAAAGGCCCAGUAGUUCAAUACACCAGUGACGGACAAGUUGGUGCCUCUCCCGUUAAAACACCGCAGGCCUCAACCAGCCAGCCUUCACAGACACCACAAUCACAACAGCGUCCUCAGCCCCAACAAACCCCGCAGCCCCAACCGCCCCAACAGACGAUUCAGCCUCCUCAGCCCUCACAGCCUCUACGUGUUGACAAUAAACAUCAGAUGGCAAAGAAGAGUACUUCUCCAUUUGUCCCUGGUGUGGGAGGCACUCAUGCCUCUAAGAUCAUGCAGUCUCUUUCCUCCAGUCCCAGCAACCUCUCUGGUGGAAGAAUGUUGAGUGUCCAAAAUAUUGCUACGCCCACUUUUACACAGCCGUAUCAGAGACCGAUGCCCCCUCAGGCUCCCGGCCCUGCUCCAAUGACACACACGACGGCCAUUAUCCCACAUCAGCCUGCGUACCGUGCCCCGACCGACCGCAUCUUCUACCUGGCGCACACUUGUCAGCUCGCCUGUCUUAAUCGCGUCCGACCUGCCAGAUCAGACAUGCACAGAGGAAAGAACCCCCUCCUCACACCUUUACUGUAUGAUUUUAGACGCAUGACGGGAAGACGCAAAGUCAACCGCAAGAUGUCCUUCCACGUGAUUUACAAGGCUCCGUGUGGGCUUUGUCUACGUAACAUGGAAGAGAUCCAGUACUACCUCUUCCAGACUCGCUGUGACUUUAUAUUCCUAGAGAUGUUUUGUCUAGACCCCUAUGUGCUCGUGGACCGGCCCUUCCAGCCACAGAGGCCAGUCUAUUACAUUCCCGACAUCACUGGUGGACGGGAGGACAUCCCACUCUCCUGCGUCAACGAGAUCGAUUCCACCCCGCCUCCUGAAGUAGCUUACAGUAAAGAGCGUAUUCCUGAAGAUGGAGUAUACAUCAACACCAGUCCAGACUUCCUGGUUGGGUGUGAUUGCACCGACGGCUGUCGAGACAAGUCGAAAUGCUCUUGCCACCAGCUGACUCUUCAGGCUACAGGUUGUACACCAGGGGCACAGAUCAACCCAAAUGCCGGAUAUUUCCACAAACGAUUAGAGGAGUGUCUCCCCACAGGGAUCUACGAGUGUAAUAAGCGGUGCAAAUGCUGUGCUCAGAUGUGCACCAACCGGUUGGUGCAGCACGGCCUGCAGGUGCGUCUCCAGCUCUUCAAGACCCAAAACAAAGGCUGGGGCAUCCGCUGUCUGGAUGAUGUGGCCAAGGGCUCUUUUGUCUGCAUCUAUGCUGGUAAAAUCUUGACAGACGAUUUUGCCGACAAAGAAGGUCUAGAGAUGGGCGAUGAGUAUUUUGCCAAUCUGGAUCAUAUAGAGAGUGUGGAGAACUUCAAAGAGGGCUAUGAGAGUGAGGCUCACUGUUCGGACAGCGAGGGGAGCGGCGUGGACAUGUCAAGGUUAAAAAUCCAACCAUCCGCUUUAGUGUCUAACCCUGUGGGGAGACCGCUCAAAAAGGAUGAUUCCAAGUCAAAAGCCCAAAACCCAAGCUCAUCAGGAGACAGCAAUGACGAUGAUGACAAGGAUUCAAAAAGUGAAGAUGAAAGUGACAGUUCCGACGACACGUUUGUGAAGGAAAACUACUUCUCUUCUAGCUCUGUGUGGAGGAGCUACACCACACGUGGUCAGGCCAAGGGCAACAAGGAAGGGAGUCAAGACAGUAAAGAUGGAUUAAGUGCAUCUGCCAAAGGAACUGAUGACGAGAAGCCGCUGUCCAUGCCAGAGGAGAUGGGGAAAAACAAAGUGGCUUCCUGGCUCACCAGCCAGAGUCUAAAGAAGGAAUCUGGAGACAACAAGAGCCAAGUGAAGUUAGAAACAGGAAAGAAGCAGGAUGUGAUGACUGUUUCUGACAGUGAUGAUGUUCAGACCAUCAGCUCUGGAUCUGACGACAACAAGGAGAGAGAAAAAGUCCCCACGGGCGUGACUAAGAAGCAGGUUGCAGUGAAAUCUACACGCGGCAUCGCCCUAAAGAGCGGCCAUGGGAUGAUGGUGAAAACAGGUGCACCUGGAGGCGGGGGAGGGCCGGGGGGUCAGGGAGGAAAAACAGGACAGCAGAGGCAGUCUGGGGGUGGCGGGGACAACACUCUCAAAAGCACUCGUCUGUUCUUUGAUGGCGAGGAGUCCUGCUAUAUCAUUGAUGCCAAGUUGGAAGGAAACCUUGGCCGUUACCUUAAUCACAGCUGUAGUCCUAACCUUUUUGUCCAGAAUGUGUUUGUGGACACACAUGACUUGAGGUUUCCCUGGGUGGCGUUUUUUGCCAGCAAACGGAUUCGGGCCGGCACAGAGCUGACCUGGGACUACAACUAUGAGGUGGGCAGUGUGGAGGGGAAGGUGCUGCUCUGCUGCUGCGGAUCCACCGAGUGCAGGGGAAGACUGUUGUGAUCUGCAGCCAUCAUUGUCUUCACUGCCUCUGCUGUAUGUGUAGGAAACUUAGAGAACCCAUUUCCACAUUGUAACCUUUUUUUAUUUUGUAUUUUUAAGUUUAACUAUGGAUUUUAUUACAGUUGUUGUCAUUCUGUUUUUAAUUAUGAACAUGGUUCCUGAUUUUGUCUCAUUUUAUCCAUGAUGUUUUACAUUACAUCUGAAUAAAAUGCAACUUUCUUCAAUGA